UUGGGAAUGUUGGGCUGAGCAGCAAAAACCGUGUAGGGUUUUCGGCUCCCACUCCAAACCCCUACUGUUCCCUGUUCACGCCUGGAAGACUCAUCUUACUCAUCUGCUUCUUCUUUCAGAUGAUGCAUGCAAUCAAAGGUGGAUGGGUUGGGCAAACAUUUGCCCUUGCUGCAUAUAGUGACUCUGGAGGGAGGAAGGCAAGGAUUAGGCGUUCAAAGGAGGAGAGGAAGGCAAUGGUUGAGUUUUUUAUAAAGAAAUAUCAGAACUCAAAUAAUGGAAAUUUUCCAUCUUUGAAUCUUACACACAAGGAAGUUGGUGGUUCUUUUUACACAGUUCGGGAAAUUGUUCGAGAAAUUAUUCAAGAAAACAAAGUAUUAGGUCCAGCUAAGUUUUCAGAAGAGCAGAGCUACGAUAAUGUUUUGGAGCAUUAUCCAUUAGGAUCCAUUUCCAUUGAAGCUCAGAGAAGUUCAUUACCAUCAGAUGAACUGAAAAGUGUACUCCAUAUUUCAUCCAAACAAAGACAGGGUACCGGUGAAGAACUUGUUGCAAAUUCUAAUGGACUAUUCUUUGGGUAUGAGCAUCAAAAUCUAGAUAGUGAUCAAGUAGUUAAUGGUGUAAUUGAGACAAUUAAAGAUGACAUGGGAUCAGAUGGACCAAAAAGCGUAGCUCAUACUUCAUCCAAACAAAGUCUGGAUAGUGGUGAAGAACUUGUUGCAAACUCUAGUGGACAAUCCUUUGUGUCUGAGCAUCAGAAACUACACAAUGAUCAAGUAGUUAAUGGUGCAGUUGAGACAAUUAAAGAUGAUUUGGGAUCUGAUGAAUGCAGUUUAAUUGAAGCUGCAAUCCAUACUCAUGAAGGCACAAGUGAUGAAAUCCUUGAAAAUUUGAGUGGGCAGUUGACAGGACCUGAUUGUCAGGAGUUUGACAGCAAACCAAUUGGCAAUGUUAGUGAGCCAACUGACGAGGAUGAAGAAUCUAAUGAACCAGUUAUACGUAGUCCUGUGUGUAUACCUAAUCCCAGAGUUAUUCAAGAACAUCACCAGGAAAGUAGGGGAGAACAAGUUGUACAUUCUACUAGAGAUUUUCCUGGAGAUGUCCAUCUGAAAGCAGACACGGAAGAUGUCAAUGGGAUUAGUCAGGCAAUUGGAGAAACUGAAUAUGAACAACCAGUAUUGGCAGUGGCUGUAGGAGAAGAUAGCCUGGAUGUCAACAAAGGUGGUACUAAAACAGUUGAGUCAUCAAAUGCUGGUAUGACUCGUGGGCAAGCUGACAUAGUAGUUGAAAAAUUUCCACUUCAUCCCAUUGCUAGGAAAUUUGAUGACUUGGAAGGAAGAUUAGAAGAACAAAGUCAAGGAACUAGAACUCUGGAGGUAAACAAAAUUGAACAGGACAGAGUACAAGUUACAGAGCACUCUUGUAGCGUUGUGCAGGUGGAAGCUGGUGCAGACCUUGCUGUUUCAAAAAGCAAGAGUGAGCUGGUGGGUAAAACUGCCAGCCUAAAUGAUGGGAAUCCACCAUUGGAAAUGUCGAAUUGCUCUGCAACCAAAAAAGUUCCUGUAUUUGACAUGAGCAAUGCUGCAGAAGUCGGAGCAAAGGUCUCUUCCCCCACUGAAGCAAAGCCUGCGAAUGUUCCAACGGGUACCAAUGAGAAACAUGGUGACAUAAAUGCUGGUGUUUCUCAUGAACAGUCCAUUCCAGAUGAAACCAUUGGAAUAGAAGACAAACUAAAGAUCGAAGGUGAUAGCAGCUCCAAGGAGGGAAGCAAUCCUACAUUAAACAGAAUUAACCUUGAAACAUGGGAAAGGACAUCAGAGCUGCCCGUUGAAUCUGAAGUAAAUCCAGUUUUUGCAUUCUUCAAGGCGCUUGUUACUGCUUUUGUGAGAUUUUUGAAUGGAUGAGAGUUUACGGGGUGUUAUAAUGUAGCUUUUGAGAGUAUCUGCAGGGUGUUAAGCUUAGUGUUUGCAGCUUAUGGGAAACUUUAAUUCCAUGAUAUUAUGAUAUCUGGUAACGUACUUAAUGUAUAUGGUGGUUGCUGCGGUCAAUUACAUGAUGCUUGUAUCCCUGAAACCUAGGUAGAAGAGGAGACCUUGCUAGAUGGAUGUCAUUAAGGAGCUGGUCCAUCAUUUCAGCCUCUUGAUGACCUCCCCUCAUCUGCACCAUUAAAGUUGGAUGGAACAAGUGUAAGCAUGGUGUGGAUAAAUCUACAUUUGCUUCCUAAUAAAAAGUAAAAUAGCUUGAAGUAGUUGUAUGAUCUCCUUGUAUCCUAAGAAAUAUCGACAGCAUAAAUAAAUUGUCCAUUAAGUUGUGAUAAAUCCCAAUUUUCCAUGGGA